AUGAUACCCCGGUCGCUGGGGCGGAUUUGCCGGCGCCAUCCCUUUCCUCGAUACAGAAGCUUCAGCAGGAACGUCUUUACCAAUGAUCAGAUCAAGACAGCCGAAUUGCAGAAGACUCCUCAUACUCCCAACCAAGUAGUCACAGAAGUCCCGCACUCGACCGAAGCUUCCGUUAUUGACGUCCCUAGUCCGCUCUGGUAUCACCGGCUGGGUCCUGUGAAGGACUUUUUCUCCUGGUUCAGCCGGAUGCAGAGACGGAGGCCGCUGGGUAUCGCCCUGGCAACAUCUUUAGCAACAUAUCUCUGUGGUGACCUGCUUGCCCAAGAAGUCGGAGGAGAACCAUACGAUGGUCUGCGGACACUGAGGAUGAUCACAGUGGGCGGCUUAGCCUCAAUACCGGGUUAUAAAUGGUUCCUCUUCUUGGGCACUCACUUCAACUAUGCCUCGAAAUGGACCUCGAUAGCAGUCAAGGUUGCCAUUCAACAGUUCUUCUUUGCGCCGAUAUUCAACACGUACUUCUUCGGUAUGCAAGCGCUGUUGACAGGCGAAGCGCCCUCGGUGGUUAUUCACCGCAUUGUUUCGGCCGUGCCAGAAAGCGUGGUGAGCUCGGCCAAGUUCUGGCCUGCCGUUACGGCGGUCAAUUUCACCCUGGUACCCGCCCACCUUCGGUUUGCCUUCUCUGGCUUCUUCGCGGUGAUCUGGCAGAUAUAUCUGUCAUUUCUCAAUCGACGCGAGGAAAAGACUGGUCCUCAGGGAACGCUGGCUGAUCAAGCUCGCCAGAAGUUGUAUGCAGACGCUCCGUCGGCUUCGGUUGCUGACGUCUUGGAUGGUAUUGAUUGA